GCUGGAUGCCGUGCUCCAGACAAUACAACUCCCAGCAUGCAUUGCCCAUCUGGGCGCCGGCCUGGCCCACGUGCAUGGAAAUACACUCACGCUGGAGGAGGGGGUGAGACAUUACAGACAUCGUGUGUUAGUGAUGCUGGCGUUACAGGUUCCUGUCCUGUGCUCUUAUUUUGGUACAUCCUGCGGCCUGAUUGGCAACUGGGACACACCUGCAACGGGUUGCCAAUCAGCCUCCUAUUUAAGGCCGACGGGGAGCUCGACUUGCACCGCCCUUUAAGGCUCGUCGUCCUCGGCUAGGUCGUUGAUGAAAAGUCUCGGUGCUGGUUCCGGUGCAGGUUCCGCGACGCAGGGGGGAGAGCUGAACCACGACCCGAUCCAGCUGGCAUGGAGGAGAAAAACAAACCGUGAGUGUAUUUUGCGUCGGCCGACACGCCCGGGCAGGAAGGAAGGAAGGACGGAGGGGGAGGAGGAGGCCAGGACUCGGGCCGCAGGAGACGGAAGCGAGAGGGGGUUGCGCCGAAGAGGAAGCCCUAUCCCUUUAAAAGCAAAGUGGGACAUAGCGGUGCGAGAAAAAGGAGAGGAGGGGGAGAAGAACGAGGAAUUAAAAAAGAAAAGGAAGAAAGAGACAGGGAGGGCGGAGGGAGUAGCGGGCGAUAAAAAAAGAAAGAUGACAUCCUCGCAGCUGAGCGGCCGAGGUGGAGCGACGGGCCGCGGCCCGGCGAGAGCGCCGCUCGCUCGGCUCGGGGCUUGACUCCGACAACGAGGCUUCGACAAACAACCGAGUGGCCUAAUCGGAGGAACUCGGAAACAUAGAUUGACUCAUUAAAAAACAAAGCAUGACGUGUUUUAUAACCCAUAUUUACUCUCCCGUGUGGGGGGAAAUGACUUUUACUUCACUUGUGUAGUGAUGUAUUUUUUUCAGCGUUUAACUCGAGACUAAAGCAGGUUAUUGUUGCAUUAAUCCAAGCUCGAAGUUCAAGCAGAGCCAUUGUAGGGGCCGGCCUGUGUGGGGUUUGUGCGGCCGAUUUUCGUUCACUGCUGCGCCCAUUUGGCUUACUUACAUCAUCAUGCCGCCUCCGUGACACCAGCAGCUUGGCGCGCCACAUUUUUGUAAUAAACAACAAUCCCCGCCAUUUUUGUUUUGUUUUCUAACAUCGGGUGUGGCGACUCAAGCUUUUUUUUUUUUGAGGCGCACAUCCAAGCCAUGCGAAGGCUGUCCUCGAUCUCAACCAGAAGCUAGCUGACUAUAGCCUUCAUCUCACUGCUGCAAAAUGGAUGCUGCUUGGAGCAAUUUCCUUUUCCAGGUAGGCUUGAAUACUCCCACCCAAAACCAGGCGGAGGGGAGCCUCCAAUCGGAGCUGAUGUCAGUGCACACAAGCUCUCCCCAAACCCCACCCACUGAGCACAUAGAUCAGCCUCCCUCCACCGUGGACACCACCGCCCUCAGCGAGGAACCCCUUCCCAGUGAGGCCCGUGGAUCUGACGCACACCCAGCGGCCACGUCAUUAGUGAAGCCUGUGUCCCGGCCGGGCCGCGUGCCGCACGUCUGUCCCAUUUGCAACAAGCAGUUCAAGAACAACUACAACCUGCGGCGGCACCAAUCGGUCCACACAGGGCGGCCCGCUAACCAGAACCCCACCCCGGUGAGGAAGAACCACGCGUGUGAGACGUGCGGAAAAGCCUUCCGAGAUGUUUACCACCUCAACCGCCACCGCCUGUCCCACUCGGACGAAAAGCCCUUCUCGUGUCCCAUCUGCCAGCAGCGCUUCAAGAGGAAGGACCGCAUGAGUCACCACGUGCGCUCCCAUCAGGGCGGCGUGGAGAAGCCCUACAUCUGCCCCCACUGCAGCAAGGCGUUUUCAAGGCCCGACCAUCUCAACAGUCACGUGCGACAGGUGCACUCCUCGGAGCGUCCCUUCAAAUGCCCGACAUGCGAGUCCAGCUUUGCCACGAAAGAUCGUUUGCGUGCUCAUAUGAUUCGCCAUGAGGAGAAGGUCCCGUGUCACAUCUGUGGCAAGCUCCUGUCGGCCGCUUACAUCACCGAUCACAUGAGGGUGCACAACCAGUCUCAGCACCACGUCUGCCACCUGUGCAACCGCAGCUUCACCACGCUGACGUACCUCCGCGUGCACGCCCAGAAGCACCACGGCCAGGAGUGGAAGGACAGUCCGGGAGGUUUCGGCGGCACGACCGCCGGCGGCGUCCUCGUCUGCCACUUAUGCGGCAUCCACUGCAAGACGCCGACCCAGCUCCAGGGCCACAUGGGCACCCACAACGCCAGCCAGGAGGCCCAGAGCCCCGCCGCCUCUAACGUCGCCGCCAGCAGCUCUGUGUCCCUCAACAUGGUGGCGGCGCCCACUGUGUACGUGACGGGCGGCACGGUGGUAGACCUGCUGGUCACGGACUGCUCUAGCAUUGCGGCGCCACAGUCGCAGAGUUAGCGAUAGCCAGCAGCAGGAGCAAUAACCUCAGUCCUUUAAAGGAGAGGGGGGCAAGGUAAGAGAAGUGAUGCGUAGAUGCUCGUCUUUUUUUGACGUUAUUGGAAAAAUCUGAAAAAAUUCCACACUCACAACCAACAUGGAUUUGUCAUCUUAACAAUCCUGCAAAUCAGGGGUGUCCAAAGUGCCCAAUUUGUUGGUUGGCCCUCGGCAUGAUUAAAAACAUUAACAAAUUAAUUGAAUAAAACACUAAUAAUGAUUUGUGUUUUCAACUAUAAUAGCUUAGCACGGUGGUUUUAAAACUUCUAUCACUGAAUUCCACCUCAGAAAACACUCAAGUACCACCAUAAUGACCAACAGUAAAAUACAGUAGCAUAGUAGGCCUAAGUAUUCAUUAAAAACAAGGCCGAGGUUUUAUUUAACAAGUAUAUUUGAUAUUUUUGGCCACUGUAACAUUACACACAGUUUGAACAGUAACACUGUGUUUGAAUAUGUAUUUGAUUAUUUGGCGUACCACUAGAUGGAGCCCGUACCACAGUUUGAGAAUCACUGGUUCAGCAUAUAUCGACCUACGGUGGAGAAAUUGUUUGGACACCCCUGCCGUAAAUGCUCUAAUUAUAGCAAAAAGGACAAAGUCAUUAAUAUAUAUAUAUAUAUAUAUAUAU